CACAAAAGACCGAGAGCUUGGGUUUAGCUAGCGAUAAGGGCUUUCACUAACAACUGGCUCGAAAUUUUGGAGUGAACUGAUCCACCAAAUCCACCAGAGAAUAUCCUCCAUCUUUCCGGCUCGGAUCAUCCAAAUCCAUUCUGUAGCCGGGAUCAGUGGGGAUGGAGGUCAUCCGCGGUCCGGUCCUCCCGCGCUGCGCCGCACCUGCUCUGACCUCCGACGCCAGGAUCGGCAGCCAGCUGCUGAGGCGCGUCCGCAUGCGAAGGAGGGCUUGCGGCGGCGGUGUACUGCAAGGUGACUACUACGGCGUGUCACCCAGGUUCUUGGGCGUCCCCGCCCAGCGGCACAGCAGAAGCGGCUGGCCUGUCUGCUGCAGCUACGGAUCGUCAUCCGACGGCGACGGCACCGCGGCCGCGAAUUUCGACGCGAGCGGCGAGGAAUUCGUUGACUCCAGCAUCAUGGAGGCUGUUGAGCUAAGAACCGUGUCAGAUGGUUUUGUGAUAAAGUUGCGGGACGGAAGAAACCUUAGAUGUGUCCAGAAUAAUCCCCGCGUGCUGAGACUGCGGGAUUCUGCGCCGCACCAUGCUAUUGUGCUCAAGAUGGAAGAUGGAAGUGAUCUUCUGCUUCCCAUUAUUGUCAUGGAGACACCAAGCAUUAUGCUACUGGCUGCCCUUCGGAACAUUCGAAUUCCAAGGCCAACAAUUUAUAAUGUGGUAAAGGAGAUGACCGAGAUGAUGGGAUAUACGGUACGUUUGGUGCGGAUUACAGAAAUGGUGCAUGAUGCUUACCAUUCUCGAUUGUAUCUUUCAAAGAAUGGAAAUGAAGAAGAGAUCAUUAGUUUUGACCUCAAGCCAUCAGAUGCCAUCAACAUUGCUUUCCGGUGCAAGGUUCCUAUACAAGUCAACAAGAGUAUUGCAUACAACAACGGUCUGAAAGUUGUACAACCAAAGCCAACUGGAAGUUACGUGAACUCUGACCAAAUCCAGUACACAAGACUUGACAAGCCUGGUGAUCAGCCUUGCUUUGAAGCCCAGGAGUUUGAUUUGGUCCGCAGUAUGCUGAUUGCUGCUGUUGAAGAGCGUUACAAAGAUGCUGCUCAAUACAGAGAUCAACUCCUCAUGUUCCGGGCAACGAAAAAGAACAGGAUAUAACAGAGCCUGAUGGAGUGAUGGGGGUGUACAGUGACCUUUGCCGGGGAAACAGAAAGCUUUGGCAAACAUCAAGAAGCACUAUGUAAAUACGUACAUAACUAAAGAAUAUAUACCUAACUAAAACAUAAUUACAGUUGCGUUCAGAUAAUAUUUACAAUAGCUGUAAAUUAUUUCCUUAAAUAUUGGUUGUACUUUGACUAGAAAGUGCCAAUAGUUACAUAAUUUGGUUAAGUGAAACAUUAAUCAAAUUGCGUAACUGUUUUGUAGAA